AUAUAAUAUAAUAUAUACUCAACACCCUUCUGGUUUAAUUUUCAAUUUCCAUGGCUAAUUCUUCUUCUUGUUCCUCAAAAUCCUCCAUUUCUCCUCGUCAUCCACCUCUUUUCACUCCUGUAAGUAAACUAUUCACUUUCUAAUCCCUUUUUCUCUUUAGGCUAUUUAUGCAAAUUCUGUUUUCUUUGGCCAUUGAUUCUUCACUAGUGAUUUUUUUAUUCCAUGCUUUAAGAUUUUCAACAUAAAGAUACAAUCUUUGUCAUAUAUACUCAAUACCCUUUUCAUUUUAGUCAUUUUCAAUGGCUAAUUCUUCUGUUGCCUCCUCAAAGUCCUCCAUUUCUCCUACUCUUUUCACUCCUCAGAUUGAAGAAGGGAAUGAAGAAGAGGAGUAUUCACAAGGGAGAAGCAGUUAUAGAGCAGAGACAACUCCAAGUGAAGUUGAAUACAGGCACCAUCCUACACCUUUACAUCACUCUAAAACAGAGAAUAAAUCCAAAGUGCCUAACAAAAAGAGGCUAGAAAAUGAAGACAAGAAGGGUGUUUUGUGCAACAAGUGCAGGCCUAGCAAUAGAGAGAAAAUCACUGUGGUUCCAUUAGACAACAACAACAACAAGCGUAAUUCUAUAAAUAGCCCUCAUGGUGGUAGUGGUAUUUUCAAAUCAGUCCUCUCAACUUUGGUUAAAAGAAGUCCAAGAUUAUCAUCAUCAUCAGCAGCAGAAGUUGAGUCCUCUACUGAUGUAGGGUCAAGAGAGGAAAACUGGAAAAUUGCAUUGGCUGAGCUAUCACAUAAGCUAAUUCAAGCUACAAGAAAAAGAGAUGAGGCUAUUUUAGAAGCAUCAAGAUUGAAGUUUUCUAUGGUUGAGCUUGAGAAAAAACUAAACAAGCUUGAAAUUUAUUGCCAUAAUCUUAAAUCUGGUCUUGAAGUUUGUAGCAACAAUGUUAUGAACAACAACAAAUCCCCUUUAAAUAUUCAAAGAGUGAAAUUUGGUGAAGAGGACAAAGUUAUUGAGCAUUUUUUGGUUAUGGUAUCUGAAGCAAGAUCAUCUGUUAGGAUUUUAAGUCGAUCGAUGACACUUCAACUUAGACAAAUUGGUGGUAAAGUUUAUGAUCGAAUUGCAUUACUACUCCAACCAUGUGAUAUCAAGAUUUCAAUUUCAAGAAACCCAAGGGGGUUAAUUGUGUAUCUUGAAUCUUUGUUGAACAAAGCUUUUUAUGAGGAUUUUGAAUCUAUUGGAUUCCAAAAGAGUUCUUGUAACCAAAUCUUGAACCCCAUCGAUCGAUGUGAGACAAAUUUUGGUUUGUACAAUCGAUUGAAGGAUUUAACAUGGGAGGAAGUAUUGAGCAAAGGGACAAGAUUUUACAGUGAAGAAUUCAGCAAGUUUUGUGAUAGGAAAAUGAGUGAAAUUGUGGCUAUGUUGGGAUGGAACAAACCUUGGUCUGAACCACUAUUGCAAGCUUUUUUUGGUGCAUCAAAAGCAGUGUGGUUAGUGCACCUCUUGGCUAACUCACUUCAUCCAACACUGCCUAUUUUCAGAGUGGAUAAAGAGAUGAAAUUUGACUGUGUUUACAUGGAGGAUAUGGGUGGAGAUAAAGCUAAGAAGUUGGUCCCAGCCAUGGUUAGGAUCAUGGUCACCCCAGGGUUCUAUGUCUAUGACAAUGUGGUCAAGUGCAAGGUGCUUUGCAGGUACAAUAAUAAUAGUAGCAUUAUUCAUGGUGGCAUUAACAAUGAUAGGGGUAGUGAUCUAAAUGGUUUAACCCCAUCACCUACAUAGCAACAAAUUAGACAUAUGAUAGUAUGAAAUGUCAUGUGAAAAAUAUUUAGUUUACUUUUGUUUUUUAUGUACUUAGAUUUUGGAGGACCUUUUAAAGCAAAGUGAAAUAUUUGGCGUUUUGUUGUUGUAAGUUCUUGCAUUGUUUUACUCAUUACUUGGUCAAAUUGGUGAUUUUUCUUUAUCA